AUGAAUGAGGAGUGUAUUAUUCGAAAGUUGGUGGCCGAUGGAGAUGGUGGUGGUGAUGAUCGCCGGUUCGUAACCAUUCUUACGUUACUGCUAAAACUUAUCAAGGAGCCGGAGCCAUCCCAAAGCUUACUACCACGAAUUAUGAAAACGUUGGACUCGGCAGAAACUGCUAUGAAGAAACAGGUGUUGAUUUCCGCAAUGAAUGAGCGACAGAUACAGGAGUACGCUAUGCUUACCAAUCAUAUAGAACAAGAAAUUGUAAAGGCGAAUGAAAAGAUGUCUGCUGCAAAAAAAGAAUUAUCUAUUGCAAAAGGGAUGCGGAAAAAUAAAGAAGAAUAUGAAUUAUUGGCUAAAAUGAUUGAGAAAGUGCCAUCUAGGCCGGAAACCACUAGGAAAUUAGAGAUAAUCAAGAAGGAACUUGAAGAACUUCAUGAGAAGCAACGGAAUUUAGAAGCAAAGUUAGCAGACCGGCGUAAUCACUUGCAUGCAUUUAAUAUUAUAUUGGCAAACUUCUGCAGGUUUUUGAAAGACGAAGAGAACGAUGAAAUAAUGAAUAAUGACGAGACCUUGGACGGUGCGACCACAGACACUAAGAAGGAGAAAGCUUAA